AUGGUUCACAUUACGCCUUUUUUUCUGCUUUCUAUUGCUACUGGCAUCAGCCUUGCCACCCCAACCGAGCGUACCGUGCCCCAGGUUCUGGCUGACAUUAACGUCGUCUCUACAAGAGUGACUUCUCUUGACAACGCUAUUACAGCUUUCCCAUUGACGGGAGGUUCUCUUGUUGCGGCCUUGGGAAUUCACACAAGCGCUGGAACCGUGAUAACGUCCCUGAAGGCCGCGACUGGCAACGCCACUGGUCCUGUGGAUGAGAUAGAUGGAAACUCCAUUUUAAACGCAGUUCAGGCAUUUGAACCCACUAUCCAGCAUGCAUUGGCUGAGAUCGUGGUCAAGAAACCCGCCUUCGUCGUAUCAAUGACUGAGGACAAACUUAUAGCAUUGCCCGUCGGAGGCCUGCCGCUUUUAAUUCUUCAGGACCUUAGAUUCCUUAAAGGAAACACGACCGAAUUUUCCUCUGCAUUAAUCGAAAACGCUCCUGAAUCGCUUAUUCCUGCUGCUACGGCUCUUCAGAACGGAAUUCUGGAAAGCUUCGACACAGCAAUUUCUGCUUAUACAUAA